GACGGAAAAAAACACAUACUGAAACUUUUUAGUCCCUGUGUAAUAAGGUUUUCUAAAAAAUUGAAAUAUGACUGAAAAAGCCUUCGAUAGUGAUGGAAAACCAAUCGUGCCGUCUAGACCACUUGUAAAAAGGAUCUUAGCUAACAAUCCGAAGAGAUUUUGUGGAAAAUACAUGUUGAAAGAAAUGAUUGGAGAUAAUUUUGAUUGCGACGCUCAUUAUGAGCGCAAUAAAAAACAUGCGUGGGCGGUUGUAAAUUCUUCAAAUAUUAUUCCUGUUCCUUCUGAAUAUAAUGGAAAGCCAGAAAAUUUACGUAGCAGUGCUGCUACUUUCUACACCACUCCAAUUUCGUCUAUAUGGCAAUCAGAGUGUGGCAAUUUCAUUUUGUUCCCUCCUGAUGAUGCCUACACUUUUACUACGAUUGAAAAGUUUCACACCAAGGACUGGUUUCCGAGGAUCAAUUUUAAAGAAUAUUUGUGUUACCCAUCGAGUGGCACAAAAUUCAACAUUCGAAAUCGUGCUGAUUUGCUGAGAAGAAAGUUACACAAGCGAAUUUUAAGGCUGUCAACUUUAUCGAAAAGGUGAUCGUUCAAUUUCAGCUUCGAUUAAUAAAGUUUUUGAUAAAGCUAUGUCAAAAAGUGUUCAGUCAUUGUUUAAUAAAGCAGGGAGAUAUGACAAAAGAUUAUUUUAAAAACAUUGUUGUACAAAGCAAAAACAAUACUGUCACAUGUAACAAAAUUCGAUUCGGUGUCAGUUCGUCAAUGCGUUGAUAGGCGAUCAAGAGAGCUCCUUAAAAAAUAAAAUAUUUUAUAUCGUUUUUGUAUA